GUUCGGCGUCUUCUUCCUCGUUCCCUCUCAUUAAAGCACAUUUCUACCUUUGGAUUCAAGACGAAGGCAUCCCUUGAAUAGUGGUUAUUUCUUCCCAUUCUCAUCAAUCAUCCGUGUUUCAUCCUUGUCCCAGUUGUUCGUCUUAGUACUAGCCUCGGUAGACAGAUGCAUUUUUCGAUGGCGUCAUCGGCCCCCAAGUGGGCCGUCAGCUAUACGGCACAGACCGACAGAACCAACUACCGACUUAUUUACUUAUAUGUGACUAUCGAUGGUGCCUGUUGAUGCAAUUCGAACCAAAGUUCUGGCGUCCUCUUGGCAGAUAUAACCCGUGUCAUUGCUCAAAUCAAGCCCUUGAUUUGCAUGUGUGCGCUGACCCGACCUACCGCACGACAUGUUCUUCCUCACCUACCUCUACUACAAACUCCUUGCUGUCUUCUUUCGAAGAUAUUUUACACGAACGCUGCCCGAUGCCAAACCUGAUGAGGUCCUUCAUGUCAAGUCGCGCGACGCUGGACGAACGAUCAAGGUGCACGUUGUUGGUGAAUUUUCACGGCAGUGGCUUCAUCUUUCCGCGCCAUGGUGCCGACGACGAGUUCUGUCGCAAGAUGAGCCAGGAGACAGGCCGGACCGUCCUCGAUGUGCAGUAUCGCCUCGCUCCCGAGCAUCCCUUCCCUGCCGCGCUCAAUGAUGCCGAGGAUGCCGUCCGAUGGGUACUCAACCAGCCGCACAAGUUCGACCAGCGAAUUUCAAUAUCUGGCUUUAGCGCUGGUGGUAAUUUUGCGCUAGCAUUGACAAAUCUGUUCCCUGCAGAGACGUUUCACUCUCUAAUCGCCAUAUAUCCAGUUGUUGACAUUCAUACGGCACCCGAGUUGAAGGUGGCACCGGAGCCUGGGAAGGCGAUCCCACUCUUCAUGUCGAGGUUUUUCGAUGCAUGUUACGUGCCCACUGGAUAUGAUAAAAGAGACCCUAGGAUAUCACCAUUUUAUGCCAGCACUGACCGCUUUCCUAAGCGAGUGAUGAUUGUGAGCGCAUCACGUGACUCGCUGGCGGUCGAGGCGGAGACACUGGCGAGAAAGAUCGCAAAGGAGCCCGGAAUAGAUCGUGAAGUGGUGCAAGCGCGAAUGCAAGGCUGCGAACACGGAUUUGACAAGCGGGCAAUCCCGGGGACAAUACAAUGGGAUGCCCGCGAAAAGACCUAUGCAAUGGCUGCGGCCAUGCUGUUGCGCUAGAUACAGGCCGGAAGUCGCUGGGAUUGGAGGCUACAGUUCCACAUAGCAGGUUGUCCAAAACGAGACCUGAGUACCAGUAUCUUGAUAAUUGCAUGC